AUGGAAGGUCUUUCAGUGGCGGCUAACGGCCUAGCUGUAGUCUCGAUUACUGUUCAACUCACCGAGUCAUUCAUAAAGCUAUACAAAUUCUGGAAUUCCGUCGAAGAUGCACCACAAGACAUUGCAGCCAUCAAUGAGGAUCUCCAGUACCUUAUUUCAGUAUUCCAAAGGAUCCAAUCCACAAAGGGCUCAAUAGGAGAGUGUGUAGCUGAGGGAAUGCAGCAUUGUUGGGGUAAGGUUCUUGAACUCAACACCAUUGUGGCAGAUUUUGAUCAAGGGUUUCAGUCCUCAUCGCGCAAGAGACGGAGAUGGGCUGCUUUCAAAGUCGCUAGUCAUAGUAAGCAUAUUCAAAAGUUUCGCGACUCACUAAGUGAGACGAAAUCGACUUUGAUUCUUGCGCUUGUACAUCAAUGUGCGGUACAAUCUCAGUCAUAUACUCCGACUGUCCCUGUAUAUACGACACUGUUCCUUGACUCCCAGCACUACGUAGACCACCCUGAAUCAAAGACAAACCUACCACUAGAACGACCCGCAGAUAAAAGGGCAAUCUUUGGACGUCAGCAAACUCCCCCACCAACAUACGGGGAACAGAAUAUCUUCCAUAGGAACCUAGUUGGAGAACAAAAAACAACAAAAGCUAUAAGGAAAGAUUUCCAGGACAUGGUCUCGAAACAAGCCACGACCACACUGAACCUACCGGGACUUAUGCUACAUGCGAUUGAGCAGAUUGCAGUCGCUAAAUUCGAGACAAACUCGCUUGAAGUCUUUGCUCAGGACGGAUACUCAGUAGACUGCAACGGAAUGCUUCGAGUGCGGACCUUUGUCUAUUCGGACAAUUUGCGAUAUCGUGUCAGCCACCAAGCGACGGGUUUCCGGACUGCUUUUGGCUGUUUAUGGAUACGCGAGACCAAGCUUCAUCUUCCGGGAAAGGCGCAAAAUAAGGAAGAAGAGUCAAAAUGUGUUACGUCUUACAUAUUCUACCCCAAUACCUGGAUCCAAUGGUUAGGUGUCCGCAGCGGAUUCGAAGCGAUCAUGGCUUCUGCUGGCCGAAACUGGUUGUACAAUUGUAAACUAACCGUGACCCGCGCCGUUCCAGACGACGCGCUGAUCUUCGACCUUUGUCGGAAUGGCCAGACUCGAGCUGUAGAGAUUCUCUUGAGCAAGGGGCUUGGGAGUGUGGUUGAUACCAGUCCUAGUGGGUGGAAGCCCUUACACUUUGCAGCGGCAGGCGGGCAUGUUGACCUAUGCGCUAUGUUGAUCGAAGCAGGUGCCGAUAAAUCGGCAUUGGCAUACGAGGGACCAAGCUCUGCCAUACUCUCUCCCAUUACUCUGUUUGUCGCCUCCGCUCAAGACAUGCAUGCCGAAGUCAAGAUCUCAAUGUUGAGGCUGUUUUCCGAUUGUAUUGAGUUGACGGACGCGAAGAGCGACGGCUGGACAGUACACGAGUGGCUAAAGAGAACGUAUGCACUGGAAAACGUGCCCAUCUCGCAAAAUAGCAUCACGUGGCUCCUUCGUUGCACUGCGACAGAAGAGUAUGUCCAACUCAGCUCAAACACAAUAUGGUGUGGUCUGCAGCAUGCUGUAAGAACAGUGCUUUCUCACACCCGACAUGGCCGCUUUCUAGACAGCAUUAUGGACCUCUCGCAUGAAGAAUAUAAAGCAGCUGGUCAGAAGAGGAUAGACGCCAUAGGAGUAUUGCUUGCUUUCAGAGUCUGCGGCAGAGUGCUACUACCGAUGGUAGCCAACGCAGGGUCCUUUUGCCAGAUGCCAGGCUUCGAUUGGGUCCACGAUGACUUGAGUCACAGGGAGUACUUGCAAACUCUUCCCGUCAUGUAUACUGCAUGGUGUAACAUGAUACUCGACUACACUGAGAAUUUGGAACGCUAUCUCAGAGAAGAGCUCGAAUACUGCCAGCAGCAACUGGGCAUCACAAAAGCCGAUUUUCUGGACACGAAUUCACACCACUACCGUAGCACAACGCACGAUGCACGACUCAAACGCCAUAUUUGCACUGGCUGUGUAGACGACUACACCCAUCUUCCUAGCGCACUCGCAUCCCCUAUCCGCAUCGCUGUCGCCGAGUGCAUCGAGACCAACCACCGCUACGGCUGCGUCUGCGAAAAAGCAGAUAUGCUAGCUGCCGCGGCCAGAGUAUCAGAAUUACCAGAGUACACUGGCACUUAUUGCUUUGUAAGCAACGACAACGACACAACGGACGACGAAUUCUACGACGCAGAGCCCUACCUCUUCCCCAACGACCUCCCUCCAGACCAGCAUAGCGUCUUGGCCGAUGUAGCACUCUUGCUGUAUCGCUCGCACGGUAGGUUCUGGCUGGGCGACUACACUGCAGAUGAAGUCCUCUGCGCCACCUGUCUUCUCACCCGAGAACGCUACACGGACAAAGACGGCUCGAUUGCUGACUUCUCGCCCAGACCGCAUCAUUUCGAUGGGCUGAGGUUGAAGUCCAUAGCCGGUGCGUAG